AUGGCUUCCAACAAGCAGCAUAUUUUAACAUUGCUUGCUUUGUUCUCUUCAUGGUUUUUUGUGGGUUUCUCUCAAACAACUUCCGACGCAUUUCGUCUGGCAAGUUCAGGGGGUGCUGAAUCAUUCCCAUGCUUGCAGAACCUAGUUCAUUGUCAACCAUACUUAAAGGGUUCCUCUAAUCCAACGGCGACAUGCUGUGAGCAAUUGAAUGAGACAGUCACCUAUGAUCUCAAGUGCCUCUGCGACUUGUUAUCCAAUACCGACGUCUUGAAGAGUUACAACAUUUCCUCGGAGGAGGUUAAUAAGCUUCCUAAGGAGUGCGGUAUUGAUACCAAGAAGUCAUCAUGCAAAGGAUCAAAGCUAUCAAACUCUAGGCUUGAUUGA